GAAACAAAAAAGCUUCAUUCGACUCAACACAGUACACAGGUGUACGCUAGAAUGCGCCUUUCUGCCUUGGAUGCUUCUCAUCAUGUCUUGGGUAUCGUGCCGACCCCCAAUCACUGGUCACUGAGGCUCUCUAUUGAUGUUAUCUCUUAACAAAGCAAAGCAAGAGCACACCUUUAACUUGAGAGACCCGGAUUGUUGAUUUCUUGAAGACAUUUAGAUUGCCAAAGAACACUUGCUCAACAUAUAGAAAUAAAAGUAACACGAGAAUGGAGGAAAAGUCACGAUUCCAGGAUGUGGGUUUCGUCCAUGAUACUGUGAAGCACUCUUCUUGGUCUAUGGAGAACUAGUAAACUAACCACAGAGGUCCUGAAUCAUCUUUUGCUGCUUAGCAGGUAUGUAUUAGGCAAAAAAGGUUGCGGGAGUUUUGUUACUUAUUUCUUUGCCUUGACCUUCUUUUUGAAGCUUUUGGACUGACGAGCAAGGUAAUAGAGAUUUACAUUGAUUUGGGGUUUCGCUUGUCUAUUUGGCUGGUUGAACUUGAAGGUUGCCAAAAGAAAGCAUACAUUGGGAAUUUCUGUUAAAAUUUUCUUUUUUCCUGAGAUGGGGAGAACCAGAUGUUUGUCAAGAAAAAGGAUAUGUUGGGAAUUUCUGUUAGAAUUUUGUUUGUUCCUGAGACGUGGAGAAUCUGAUGCCGGGCGUUGUUUUUAGUCCUCCCUAGGGUCGUUGAGUGGCAGGACCAGAAAGUCGUUAGUCUAAGAGCUGCAAACUUCGGAUGUAAAAUGUGUUGGUUUUUUUUUUGUCUAUAAUCACCAGUGGUUGAGGGAAAAAACCACCAAAAUUAAUCUGCUCGAGGAAUUUGCAAGGAUGCACUUCCUUUACUGCUGAUCUUGUUGACCUUUCUUGUAUGGUUUUUCAUCCUAUUGGUUCUGAAUUGGGGUGUUCGGUUUUCAAGUUAGGAUAUACACGAAACUGCCGUUACUGGCUCCUAUACAUAUUUUGGAGAAAUGGGCUGUGUAGCAUCAAGUAUUGAUAAAGAAGAGAGAGUGCAGAUUUGCAAGGAGAGAAAGAGACUGAUGAAACAACUUCUAGUUUUAAGAGGAGAAUUCGCAAUUUCCCAAUUGGCUUAUUUGAGAUCACUGAAGAAUACCGGUGUAACCCUUCGCCAAUUUACAGAAUCAGAAUCACUAGAGCUUGAACUUACCACAUGUAACAGGGUCUUACCACCCUCACCACCCCCUCUUUUGCCUCCUUCCCCUCCUCCGCCACCUUCUUUCAGCCCUGAAUUAAGGAAGACUAAUAUCAAUCCCCAUGAAGUGGCUGAGGAAGAAAGCAUAUCGAUUGAUGAUGACAAUGAAAGUUCAACCCCACCACCUCCCCCAAUUCUAAGGUCUUCUUUUGAUUAUUGGGACCCUUUUCGAAGUUAUUCUCCCCCUCAUCAGAAGAGUGAGACUGUGGAACCAGCUGAGGAGGAGAACUGGGCAGAAGCUAAGACAGAAUUUGAAGAAGAAGAUCGAGAAGAGGAGGUUGUCAGUAAUGCAGCUUCUAGUCCACGUCCUGGAAAGCAUCAGGCCGUUGAACUGGCUGACGAUAACUCAUCAAUGAUGAGCUGGCACACAAAAGAUACCACAGAUAUGGAGAUGGUAGUUUGGAGGAACAAGAAGUCACUAGAGGGUAUUGUGAAGGAGUUGGAUGAUUAUUUUCUGAAAGCAUCAGCCGGUGGAAAUCAAAUAGCAAUUCUUUUGGGCAUCACCCGAGGGGAUAUUUCUCUUCCACUGAGCUUCAAAGAAAACAAAAGGAAGAGGUAUAAUUCUGCAAAAGUCUUCAGUGCAUUGUCAUGGAGCUGGUCUUCUAGGUCACUUCAGUAUACCAGACAUGCUGCCGAGUUUUGUGGAUCCACUGAACCUUGUAGGCCAGGAGCUCAUUGGAUGACACUCGACAAACUCUACACAGCAGAGCAGAAACUUUACAAGGAAGUAAAGGAGGAAGAAAUUACCAAGUUAGAGCACGAGAGGAAAUCGAUAUUAUUGCUUAAACAAGAAGAAGAAAAUCAUGACUGGAUGAGGAUUGAGAAAACUCGAUCGAUCGUUGAGAGUUUGGAGACUGACAAAAACCGUUUACAAGAUUCAAUAAACAAUACUUGCUCGACUAUUUUGACACUCAUUGAUGAGGAGCUGUAUCCUCAGCUGGAUACAUUAAUUUCUGGGCUUAUGCAUAUGUGGAGAACAAUGUACGAAUGUCAUCAAGUUCAGAACCAUAUCUCCCAGCAAUUAAAUCAUCUUAGCGAUAAUCAGCAUACAGACAUGACUUCUGAACAUCAUCGCCAGGCAACAGCUCAGCUUGAAACUGAGGUCUUUUCCUGGUACAACAGCUUCAUCAAACUUAUAACAUCUCAACGAGGAUAUGUGAAGACCCUUUCCAAGUGGAUUCAGCUUACUGACUACUGCAUUGUGGAUGGCCCUCAACAGAGCAGUUGCUCAUCAGUGGUUCAUCGGAUCAGUGAAGAAUGGCAGCGCAUAUUUGACAGAUUACCUGAUAAGAUAGCCUCAGAAGCCAUUAAGAGCCUUUUAUCAGCAAUCCAAGCGAUCAUCCAGCAGCAGGCAGAGGAACGCUCGUUGCAUAAAAAAUCUGAUAAACUUGAGAAAAGGUUGCAAAAGGAGCUAGUCUCACUAAAUGAGAUGGAAAGAAGGCUGGAGGGGAGCUUUGCAGCUGUAGAUGCUCCCCCCAAUUUGAGCCUCCAACAUCCAUUAUCUGUUAAACUUGCCAAAACUGAAGCAUUGAAGCAGCGAGCGGAAACUGAGAAGGCAAAGUAUUUAAACUCGGUCCAGGUUACUCGGGGCAUGAUUUUGAACAACCUGAAAACAAGCCUCCCCAAUGUAUUUCAGGCAUUAAUGAGCUUCUCAAAUGCUUCUUUCCAAGCCUUUGAGGCUAUCCACAGCCAUACCAAACUGACCAUUGCUUGUGAUCCAUCAGAUAAUUCAGCAAGCUGAACUCACUAAUCUAUUGGGUCAACAACACAAAGGCUCAUGAUGGAUAGUUUUGUUUGUGGUAGGGGAUAUACUGCCUUGAUCACACUUUGUUAUUUGACAGUAAUGUCAAUAUAGGGAUAUUUGUGUUUGAGAUUAAAUAUGAGCUGAAGUUAAUGAAAUUCUCUUUAUUUA